AUGUCGUCCAAAAGUCUUCAGGGAGACCCACGUCGUCCUGGCGACUUGCACCCGUUUGUGCGAGAGCAAGCGGACCCAGAUGAUACACCUGGAGAUUGGUAUGCCUUUUCCUCCCUCGUACUGGGCUUUCUUGCUUUUACGAUGAAGUGGAAGGAAAUGGCGUGGGGCUCGCUACUGCUGUGCGUGGGCUCAUUCCUUAACAUGAAAUCGCAAGAUGUGAACACGACGCAGAUUGCCAUGUCUUUUUUCUUUUCGACGAGUGCCCUUGUGUCUGCUUACAUGGGCGCCAUGCGUCCUGGAAUCCCCAUGCCACCAUCGGAUCAAACGGUCGAAGUCCCCGCUUCGUAA